AUGCAGGAAGCGUGUUAUACCUGCCGCCGACGCCAUGUCCAAUGCGAUCGGUCCGGAAACCCGUGUCGGAAAUGUGAAACCGCGGGGCUGAAAUGCCUCGACAAGAGGCCCAUCCGAUGGGUACAGGGCGUCGCUAUCCGAGGAGCUAUGAGAGGCCGAUCUCAUCAGAACGACCUGGUCUCUGCAAACCCCGUUGCUACCCUCGACUUCCGCCAAGGGACAUCGGGCAAACCUCUAGAACCGUUGGAGCAGAGCGCCUCGAACGAGCUGGUCCCCACAAUUCCGCCAUCAAGCAUACCGGUCUCGCUAAAAGAUAAGCCGCUCACCAAAUUGGAUCCGUCUGCUCAAUACUACCUGGACUAUUACAAUGACCGGAUAUGCCAGCUCUUCAUCGUAUAUGACAGCGUAAACAACCCGUUUCGAAGUCUUAUACCACUUGCUUUGAACGACUCGGUCCUUCUUGAUGCUGUUCUAGCUCUAGCUGCUCGUCAUCGGGCGAACUUUGAGCAGCCGUUCUCUACGACCAGCAACAAUGCUCUUACCAUAUCUCCGGCGGCUGAUCGUGAGGCGCUUCGCUUCAAGUAUCGUGCCAUUCAGGGACUGUCAACAUCCCUUGGUGCUGGAAACUCGUACCGGGAUACAACCGUGGCUAGCGUGUUCCUUUUAGUGUUUCUUGAUCUGCUCGAGUCUGGGUGUGAUCGCUGGAACUACCAUCUGGAAGGGGCGAAGACUUUAAUGGCCUUGACCCCGAACCAGGACCCCGGCCGCACUGUCGAGCGGAUACGAAGAUUUAUCAUCAAACAACUCCACCUGAUUGAGGCGCUUGGAGCGACCUUCGUCCGGCCAGACCUACUCUCGAAAUCAUCCUCUGUUGAAGAGUCCUACACCCUGUUGGAAGAUGUCGUGGAGGAGUCAUUUCUCGGAUGCCCGGAGUUCAUCCUCACAGCCGUGCAGCUCUUCUCUUUGCAACGUGAUAUUAUCGCGCGGAAUGAUGCCUCUAAUCGCUCUCCGACUGAAGACAUCACCUCCGUCCUCGAUGCCGUGCGAGACUUCGACUGCCGCACCUGGGCUUCGACACUGCCACGAGAAUCAGUCAAACACGAUAUCAAUGAUUUGACAAGACUGGCAAAGGCGUACCAACUCGGUGGGAUACUUUACGGCCAACGGGUGAUCGACGCCGCUCAAAAAAGUCAAACUAGUCAAAUGAGCGCGACAUCUGAGCUCAUCCAAGUCAUCAAUUUAUUACAGCACACCAACCUCCUCAAGUGCACCCUCUGGCCGAUCACAGUGGGAGGCUUGGAGUGCCAAGCACAGCCGGAGCGAGACAUGCUGAUACAAGCUCUGGAGAAGUUUUGGCAGGACACCAAGUGCUUGAACGUCACGAACGCCGCCAACAUCCUGCAAGACUACUGGAGGAAAAUCGACAGCGGCCCGAACGUGGCGAACGAUUGGAUCUUCGAGAUGGGCCGGUCGAGCCAUGACUGGCUGCUUAUAUAG